AUGGACACGACACAACCACCAGUGGAGAAGCAGGUGUCGCUCGACGCGGAGGAGAAGGGGACGUCCGCCGUCCACCCAGAGGAGGUGGGACACUUUGCCCAAUCAGACAACCUCCGCCGCAGCCUGAGUGCUCGGCAGGUUCAAAUGAUCGCUAUCGGGGGCACCAUUGGGACUGGGCUGUUCCUCGGCACCGGGAAAAGUCUCGCCACAGGCGGUCCAGCAAGUAUGUUGAUCGCCUACGCCAUUGUCGGAGCGAUUGUUUUCGUGACAAUGCUCUGCCUCGGCGAGAUGGCCGCGUUCGUCCCUGUCGCUGGGUCCUUCUGCACAUAUGUGGGAAGAUGGGUGGAUCCGGCGUAUGGAUUUGCGUUGACGUGGAAUUACUGGUUCAACGACGCAGUGUCGACAGCGUCCGACUUGGUAGCCCUCCAGCUCAUCCUCGAGUAUUGGACCGACAACUUCCCGGGCUGGGCGCUCAGCCUGAUCUUCUGGUUUGUGCUCGUUGGCCUCAACCUCUUGGCUGUCAAGGUCUAUGGCGAGGUCGAGUACUGGCUCAGCCUGCUCAAGGUCAUUACGAUCAUUGUUUUCAUUUUCAUGGGAAUCGCCGUCAACUGUGGCGCCAACACUGAGCACCGCUACAUCGGAGGUAGCAUCUUCAACAAGGGCGAGGCGCCGUUUGUCGGUGGUAUCGGCGGGUUUGCGUCCGUGUUCGUCACGGCGUCGUUCGCGUACGGCGGCACUGAGAGCAUCGCCAUCACGGCCGGCGAGACAAAGAACCCCACCAAGAACAUGCCGCGCGUCGUCAAGAAUGUCUUCUGGCGCAUCCUCCUGUUCUACAUCCUCUCGGUCCUCCUUAUCGGACUCAAUGUCCCGUACGACUACCCGAAGCUGAACACCAAGUCGUCGGCCACGUCGCCGUUCACGAUUGUCUUCCAGAUGACUGGUGCAAAGGCGGCUGGCAGCGUGAUCAACGCUGUUAUCCUGACCUCUGUGAUCUCGGCCGGCAACCACGCCCUGUUCGCAGGUGCCCGUCUGCUGUACACACUCGGUAGCGAAGGUCACGCGCCGCGUUUCUUUGCGCGGCUCAACGGACAGCGCGUUCCGUGGAUCGCGACUAUCGCCACUGCUCUCGUGGCUGGGCUGUGCUUUGGCAGCUCGUUCAUUGGCGCAGGAACGCUUUGGAACUGGCUCCAGAACCUGGUUGGCGUCAGCAACCAGUUGAGCUGGAUCAGCAUCGGUAUUGCAAGUAUCCGCUUCCGCCGAGGGCUCGCCAAACAGGGCAAGACACAUCUCCUUCCCUUCAAGAACUGGACAUACCCGUACGGCCCUUGGAUCAGCGUCAUUCUCGGUUCAGUCCUCGUUCUGGUCCAGGGCUGGAGCUGCUUCAGCCCAACGUUCAACGUGGUCGACUUUGUUUCCUUCUACAUCGAGCUGCCAGUUAUGCUGGUCAUGUUCAUCACGUGGAAGUUGAUCAAGCGCACACGCUUCGUUCGUCUUGACGAAAUGGACUUUGUCACGGAUGUCCACACGGCGGAAGAGGAAGAGCCAGACGUGCCAGGCCUCAAGGGCAAGAUGCAGCGGUGGUUCGCUUGGGUGCUGUGA